AUGGAUUUCAAGAAAUUCAAUAUGCUUGUUUGCCUCAUGGGGCUCAGCUGUGCUAGCUUAUGGUUUUUGUACAUCAGUUUGACUGAAUUCUGUAUAUUCUGUGAAAAGAGCCAAAAUCACAUAAUCCCCUCACGGACUUUUAGGAGAAGCGGUGAAAACUUCUCGCUGCUCCCGGAAACCAACUGCCAUAAGAAUCCCCCUUUCCUCGUCCUGCUCGUGACGUCCUCGUGCCCCCAUGUCAACGCCAGGAUGGCCAUCCGGCAAACCUGGGGCAAGGAGAGAAUCGUCGCCAGCAAACGCAUUGUAACAUAUUUCCUCCUGGGAAUGUCUGUGAAUCACAGUGAGCAGGCUGAUAUUGUUGCUGAAAGCCAAAAAUACAAAGACAUCAUUCAAAAGAACUUCACAGACACGUACUACAAUUUGACUUUGAAGACCAUGAUGGGAAUUGAGUGGAUUCACAAAUUUUGUUAUCAGUCCAGCUUUGUGAUGAAAACUGACGCAGAUGUGUUUGUCAAUGUGUUUUACCUCGCUGAGCUUCUUCUAAGAAAAAAGAGGAGCACGAGAUUCUUCACGGGCUUUUUAAAACCGCACGAGUACCCUAUCCGGAAAACAAACAGUAAGUGGUAUGUGAGCAACGAAGAAUAUCCAGGAGACACCUACCCGCCGUUUUGUUCAGGGACUGGCUAUGUUUUGUCCACUGAUGUUGCUAGUGAGAUCUAUAACAUUUCAGAGAGCAUCCCAUUUAUUAAACUGGAGGAUGUGUUCAUAGGACUGUGCCUUGCCAAAUUAAAAAUCCGGCUGGAGGAGCUUCAUUCAGAGCAGACAUUUUUUCCAGAACGGAUUCAGUUCUCUGUUUCUCGCUUUAAGAAAAUCGUGAUGUGCCAUGAAGUAAAGCCAUCUGAGCAGCUGAGCUUCUGGAAUGACUUAAUGGAGCCAUAA